ACACACCUCAGUCACGAGCACGCUGUUAAGCGGCCACUGAACGCGGGCAGGCCAGGUAAACCAGCGGAACGCCGUUUGUUUUUAGCUUACCUUUCCAGCGCGAGUAUCAAGUAUCAGUAAGGUCUCGCGGGGCCCAAUGAUAAGGCGCGGCCAUAUAUGGGUAAUUACUCCUGGCGCUGCAAGGUGGCUGAAUCCUGGACUUCCGAACUUUUAGCUCCGCGCCGAGGCUACGACCUUCGCCUAGCUCCUUCCGUCUAGCGUCGCGUGCAGCGUCCGCUUCGUCUUCGCCUGCCUGCCUGCGUGGCUGCCCGAGGAGCCUAACAUAAUUUAUUCGAUAUGAGUUAGGCCCCCCUCGGCCUCGCGUACACAAUUCAUUGUGGUGAAGGGACAAGCUGAAGUUAUACGUUGUCUUCCCCGAUACAGCGUCAGCAACUUCAUCGGCCAAGCUCCCCUGCUUAAACAAGAACGCUGUCGCACUGGUGAUGGAAGUAAGAAACGUCGGCAGCGUCCCCGUGUGCCACUGCUAGAGGCAUAUAUAAUCUCCACCCGAAAAGAAUCAUCGUCACCCCUAGGAAAACGUGCGACAGCAACCGCCGCCGCGUCUCAUCUCGGAGAGAUCAUUUCUGCUUUGAUAUUGCAUUGUUGCCUUGGGCUUGCGAUCGAUCGUUGCGUCGUGACUCUUGGCUCAGUCUGUUUUCAUACACGCAUCGAUCGCGGGCCAGGAUUGCUUGCUGCUGAUACAUUAACAUUUCUCUCGGUAAUCUGUAUUGCGAGAAAGAGGGAGAGAAUGAGAGAGCGGCUCACACGUACAAGCUAGAUAUUAUCACACGGUCAUCGUUGUCACGGAUAAAAAUGUUACAAUCGGUUGCCACUGUGAACACAGAGAGUCCAACCUCUGACCACUAAGAGCAGCAUGUACAUUAAAACCGUCAAACUGCGUUGGUUGUUAAUCGGUAAUAUUAUGAAAAUUCUGAGAAUCGACAGCACGGAAUACAUAGAAACAGAAACAAGACAGCAUUGAAACUCUCUGACUGCGCGAGUCUAUAUAGCCGCAUCAUCUGUUGAAGGCAUUAAUCUAUUAUAAGCUGCGGAUUCAUUGCUGUCAGGUUUGUGACUUUUCGCCUUCAGUUGGGGCUGUUGUCGGAACUAGAGCUAAGGUAGAGGGAGAUCUAACUGCGUUCUUUUUUUAAGCUAACAGGCGGGAAGAGGAGCACCACUAACAAGGCAGGCAGACGCAGCGGUAGACCAGGUGGGCUUCGAGGCCGCGGCGAGAGGCCGGUCUCUGCUGUUAAUAACAGUGUCCCAGCGGUGUGCGCAGACAGGUGUGACGCGCCAUGACCACAGCUCCCCUCUCACCUGAGACACACACACAAACGCAACCAUGACCAGCGGCGGAAGUUCGGGAGGUGGACGCUACGAUUUCGACGACGGGGGAACGUACUGCGGAGGAUGGGAGGACGGCAAAGCCCACGGGCACGGGGUCUGCACCGGCCCGAAAGGGAUGGGGGAGUAUUCCGGCUCGUGGCAGUACGGGUUCGAGACGUCCGGAGUCUACACCUGGCCCAGCGGGAAUACCUUCGAAGGUCAGUGGCUGCAGGGGAAGAGGCAUGGUCUUGGGGUGGAAACGAAAGGACGCUGGGUGUACCGCGGGGAGUGGACACAGGGAUUCAAGGGACGUUACGGCGUACGCCAAAGCGUGUCGUCUGGUGCUAAGUACGAAGGGACGUGGACGACGGGUCUUCAAGACGGCUAUGGAGUGGAAACAUACGCGGACGGAGGCACGUAUGCAGGCCAGUGGUUGCGAGGCACCAGACAUGGAUAUGGUGUACGACAGAGCGUCACCUAUGGGCUGGCUUCACACUAUCGUCCCAAGGCAAUGCGGGACUCCCUGACCUCACUACGCAGUGAGCAAGAAGACGACAAAGUGGUCAAAGAAAGAGACAAAAAACUGGACGAGAGUCGUGGAGGAUUUGUCCUGCGAGCACACGCAGAGGAGGAUUUAUCAACGCGGCGUAAAUCCAUAUUUGACAAACAUGGACGUUCCAGUCUAAAGAAGUCUUUUCUUUCUGGGCUAAAACUACGCAAACAGAAAAGUACAGGAGACAUCAACGAGUCUGCUGCGAGGCCGGGAAGGCCUACAGGAUCUAUGCGCAGCACCAUCAGCAGCAUAAGCAGAAUCAGUGCUAAUUCAGUACAGUCUGGAGUAACGGAUGCCUCCAUGAAAACUGACCAGGAGAGUAAUCACAGUUUUAUAAGCCAAGAUGAUAUAGGAGAUAUUAAUACCACUGAGAGUUAUGCUGGAGAAUGGAAGAAUGACAAACGUUCUGGAUUUGGUAUCAGUAAAAGGACAGAUGGACUCAAGUAUGAAGGAGAGUGGUAUAACAACAAAAAAUACGGCUAUGGAGUAACAACUUUUAAAGAUGGUACAAGGGAAGAAGGGAAAUACAAAAAUAAUGUAUUGAUCUCCUCGGGGAAGAAAACUAAACUUUUCGUAAGAACCUCAAAACUAAAAGAACGUAUUGAAAAUGCAGUUAUGGCAGCCAGACAUGCUGAAGAAAUUGCAUUGCAAAAAGCAGAAACUGGAAACUCAAGGAUUGGUGUCAACAACGUCAGCUGA